AGGCGCGCCGCUGUCACUUCCUGCUCCGGCGUCUCUCGGCGUCAGUCGCGCCUCCUCCUCCUCGGCUUCUUCUUGUCGCCUCUUCUUCCUUGCCGGCGUCGCUGCGGGUCUUUCCCUCAGCAACCGCCUCCUCCUCCUCCUCCUCCAGGGAAGCCGAGGCCGAGGCCGGGAGGGCGCCACGGCGAGGGAGGCCGCGCUCGCCGCUUCAACAAGAAGACGAGGAGGAGGAGGAGGGCGUCCCGAAUCCCCUUCAGCGUCGCCUCCUUGAUCCGAGGAGAUGCCCGUGAAGAAGAAGCGCAAAUCCCCCGGUCAGGCGGGCGACGAGACGGGCCUCAAGAAGUGUAAGAUCACCAGCUACUGCAGGUCACAAGCUUCUAGUAAAGUGAUAAGUGGUGAGGAGCAUUUUUCAAGCAAGAAGUGCCUGUCGUGGUUUUAUGAAUAUGCAGGUGAAGAUGAAGUAGUUGGGCCUGAGGGAAUGGAGAAAUUCUGUGAGGACAUUGGGGUCGAACCGGAAAAUAUUAUUAUGCUAGUUUUAGCCUGGAAACUGGAGGCUGAAAGCAUGGGAUUCUUUACAAAGGAAGAAUGGUUAAAGGGGAUGACCUCAUUACAAUGUGACUGUACAGAAAAGCUGCAGAGUAAAUUUGAUUUUUUGCGCACACAACUGAAUGACAUUUCAACGUUUAAGAAUAUCUACAGAUACGCAUUUGAUUUUGCAAGGGACAAAGACCAGAGAAGUCUUGAUAUUGACACUGCAAAAUCUAUGUUAGCACUUCUGCUUGGAAGAACGUGGCCACUGUUUUCAGUAUUUUAUCAAUACUUGGAGCAGUCAAAAUACAGAGUAAUUAACAAAGAUCAGUGGUACAAUGUGUUAGAAUUCAGCAGAACUGUCCAUGCAGAUCUUAGCAACUACGAUGAAGAUGGGGCAUGGCCUGUUCUUCUUGAUGAAUUUGUGGAAUGGCAAAAGAUCCGUCAAGCGUCAUAGCAAGAGCACCUCUGAAGAAAAUGUUUGAUCUUGUGAUGCUAUGCCUACAAAAACUGAGUCAAAACCAAGGGUUGCAUUCACAUCCUUAUGAACUUUAGUAAUUUUUUUUCCUUUUAUUUUUAAAGGAAGUCUUGUUACACAUGAAAUGGGCAUUGAACCACAUCUCUCCUAAGACAGAAAAAUUGAGGAUUUUGUCUUAAGUUUCUAUCAUUUCAGAAUAAUAAAAAUUCAGAUUUGUAACAGUCUUAAAAGUGAAGGAUAUCCCUUGAAUAUGAUGGUGGUUUCAAUACACAAAAACCAAAACAUUGUGGAGCGCAUCAGAAAUACCCCAUAUAAAUGGUUGAAUACUGGAGAUGUGUUAAAAUUGUUGUAGUAGUAUAGGAAUCUGGUGUGGUAGUUUUAAUGGAAUGAUUGUGUUUAGGAAGAAUGAUUAACAUUAAGCCUUGGCUGGUGUUCUACAAAUGCCCACCAUCAUUUGUGCCAUAGUUUGCAACUUUACAUGGUGGCUUGGCCUUAAUAUUAAUUUUCCUAUAAUUCCAAUUCAACAUUUUGUUUUUUGAUAGAAUAUAAAAAGUUGUCUACUCUUGAACUUUAAAAAGUGGCCUAAAUAUUAAAAGGGAAGUAAUGCUAGUGUUUUAAUGUGUACUAGACUGAGAACAUUUUAGUAUUAUUCCCCACUUCCUUUCCAAAUUUGGGGAGCCGAUGUUUGUUUGUUUUUCACUCCCAGAAUCCAGGUCCCUGCAUGUCAUCUUGGAACUAAGAAGAGUCAUAUUACUUUAAUGUGGUCUGUUGCCAUAUAGCAAGAACAUGAAUUGUUGGGAUUGUUGCUAAAACAUCAUGAAUUAGUAUGUAGAGAGAUCUUGUAGCACUUUUGAGACUAACUGAGCUCAUGCUGUCAACUUCUUUCUUUCAGUUAGUCUCAAAAGUGCCACAGGGUCUUUCUACAUACUGAUUCUACAGACUAACAUGGCUGUAUAUUUGAAUUCUACCAUCAAGAAUCAAGGCAAAUAUGGAAGGCUGAAGUGCUUAAUGAUUUUAGUAAUUUUGCAUCAUUAAGUAAUAAGUACUACACACUCUUAAAAGGCUGCUUUCAUAUGUCUUAAUUAUAACCAUACACAGGGUUAGGCAUGUAGAAAUUUUCAAGCCUACUUUGUGAUGUGUGAAGAAAUUAAAUUCAGGAAAAAUGGCAGUGUGUUGAUGGCUGGAUGAAAGACUAUAGCAUUCCAUUUGGUAUCCUGCUCUUUUACAACAUCCUUAAGCAAAUCCAUGUCAUCUUGGUGAUGUGAUCUUAUCCCAUACUGUAUAAUGUUAGGUAAAGACAUGGAAGUAGCUUCUGCCUCAGGAGUAUUAGAAAUGUGUUGUAUACGCUAACUAGGUUCAGGUAGGACAAGAUAAUCUUGUCUGGACAAAGCAUUUUGUAUAUUUUGUGGGGAGGUUCUAUUUUUGUCAUAUGGUGUCCUUAAGUAUCUGUUUUUGUUCUUCAAUAGAAAAGGGCUAUUUCUUUUUCAAUUCCACUAACUAUUCAGAUAUAUUUGACCAUGUCAGUCAUUCAAUUCCCUUUCAAUAAUCCUAGAGGGAUGACAUUACACUGUGGAAUUUAUUGCUCUUUCACAGCUGUGUACAUGAAAAAUACUAUUUGAAAAUGUGGAGAACAUCUCCACCACUCACAUGUGCUGCUCUUAUUUAAUUAUUUGUAUUAAUAGAUAUCUCAUUUCACUUUAGAAAGCUUCAGGUAAUUUCUUCUUUAGCCUUAUUAGAAUAUAUUUGUUCUGCAAGCUUUUCCUGUGGAUGGACAUAAAGCCAUGAGUGCUACAUUUUGGAAGUUCCCCCAAGACUGUAGUCUUUAAGUAUAUUGAAAUUGGAAGUAACUUGAAUUCAGCUUGCAAGUACUUCCAAAACAUGUGAAGUUCUAGACUGCAUAUUUUUGGAGUAAAAGAGAAACUGUUGACCACUACAGAAGAAAUUCUGUGAUUUGCAAAGUACAGUAAGUUUGCAAGAGUUAAACAUCUGCACAUAGGUGGAAGGAAAUUCAUAUCCAGCUGAGCGAUAUGUAUAUAAAAAAGCGUGUAAUAUUCCUAAAUGAGGGAUGAGAUGUUUUUCAUUACAAGUAUUCAUGGUGUUCUUUAGUGUUCUAAGCCAAAAUAUUUGGAGUGAGCCUUGUUGGUAUAUCCUAGGAUUGGUUAUUAAUAGGUUGGCAUUCUUCCCAGAAAUGGACAAUGCUGUCCUUAAAAGUACUGUGGCCAUUAGUGGCCCUGUCACAGCUUGCACUGAAUUGGCCUUUAAUAGUGCAUUUUUUUCCUGCUGAAUUAUUUCACAUACUCAGGCUCGGAUGUUUGUACAAAGGAUGAGGCAGGUUGAAAACAUAGCUAGUGAUGGACUUUAAGGGUGCUGUAUGCAGUUCUUCUUUUCCCUGACCCCCCCCCCCAACCCAUUUUUUGUUGUGGUGUGUCCACAGUAGAAUAUAUCUUUCCUAAUUAAAUCUGCAACAGCAUAACCAACCAUUUGGGAAUAGAGAUCUAAGGAAAAUGAGACUAUCUUUGCAGUAUUCAUGCAUAUGAAUGAGCAGUUAGCCAUCCAAAUUGUCAUCAGUCCCCACCCACCCCCUAUCCGUGCUUUAGGAAACCUUUCUCUCAGGUUUUUAAAGUUUCAAGUUAUAAAUCAGGAAAACCCAAUUGUACCAGUAACAUAGACUAACCAUCUCUUUUAUUUCAAGUUACAAAUUCUGAUCUUAACAUAGUAAUUAAUGCAAUGUUGUGUCCACCAAUGCCAACAUGUUAAUGUGAAGGUAUCAGAUUGCUAUGUAUGACUUGUAUCUCUGAGGUUUUCUCACUAUUCUUAUAAUAAAACCAUAUUUCAGGGUUUAAA